AUGCAACUUAUCAAGCCUGCCUGGCUGAGCCAUAGCGGCGAACAGAAGGACUUCGAGGUUUACAGCUGCCAUGUCUCCCCGGACGGCUCGAGGCUUGCAACGGCCGGCGGUGAUGGCCAUGUCCGAGUCUGGUCCACCGAGUCGAUAUACCAGUCCGACGACCUCUCCUACUCCAAACCGCGCCAGCUCUGCCACAUGAGCCACCACCUUGGCACGAUUCACUCCGUCCGCUUCUCCCCCAACGGUCGCUACCUUGCCUCGGGCGCCGACGACAAGAUCAUCUGCAUAUACCACCUCGACACCAGUCCUCCGUCACAUGCGGCUACGUUUGGUACCAAUGAACCUCCACCAGUCGAGAACUGGAAGACAUACAAGCGCCUCGUCGGCCAUGACAACGACGUCCAGGACCUUGCCUGGUCCCACGACAACUCCCUGCUGGUCUCGGUGGGGUUGGAUUCCAAGGUGGUGAUAUGGUCAGGGCACACGUUCGAGAAAUUAAAGACCCUGGCCGUACACCAAAGCCACGUCAAGGGAAUAACCUUCGACCCGGCCAACAAGUAUUUCGCCACUGCGAGCGACGACCGAACAAUCAAGAUCUUCCGAUUCACCUCCCCGGGACCAAACGCGACGCAUCACGACAUGAUCAAUAACUUCGUCUUGGAGACGACGAUAUCUUCGCCUUUUAAGAGCUCGCCCUUGACGACGUACUUCAGGAGAUGCUCUUGGUCCCCGGAUGGCAACCAUAUCGCCGCGGCGAACGCUGUGAAUGGACCUGUUAGCUCGGUAGCGAUCAUUGAGCGCACGAGAUGGGACAGUGAGAUCAACCUGAUCGGCCAUGAGGGCCCGACUGAGGUUUGCAUGUUCUCACCACGCUUGUUUUACACCCAACCACCGGCCGCGGAUGGUUCAACAAAUGGCCAAGGAGGUGGGAACUUGGUCACGGUCAUUGCUUCGGCAGGGCAGGACCGGACUCUCAGCAUAUGGAACACGAAUACGUCUCGGCCGCUGGUGAUUAUGCAGGACCUCGCCUCCAAGUCGAUAUCGGAUCUUUCUUGGUCACCCGAUGGUCAAAGUCUCUUCGCGUGCAGUUUGGAUGGCAGCAUUGUGUCUGUCAAGUUCGAUACGGGCGAGCUCGGGUGGGUUGCAACGGCAGAGGAGAACGACAAGGCUCUUCAAAAGUAUGGCGGUGGAAGGAAGGCGAUGGGCAUCGCAGAAGAUGUGGAUGGUCUGGCACUCGAGAAUCACAGCAAAGCCGGCGAGCUGCGAGGCGCCGAGUCAAGAAUGGGUGCCCUGAUGGGUGACUUCCAGCCAGCCAACAGAGAGCCGCCACCUGCACCUAACGGUGUGUCUACGAAUGGGAAUUCUGACACAGCAGAAAACGCCAAGGAAAAGGAGAAGGAGAAGCCAGUGGAGGCUGACAAGACUGCAGAGAGAAUCAAGGAGCUCAAAUCGCGCGUCACCAUAACGAAGGACGGCAAGAAGCGAGUUGCGCCACUAUUGAUAUCUUCCUCAGGCACUGGCACAUCUUCAUUACCACAAACACAGCUUAUCGGAUCCAAGACAGUUGCAGCACGGGACGACACACCACAAACGAUCAUGGACCUGACGAAACCGUUUGAUGGCUUACCACCGGGCGGCAUCGCGGCCAUGCUUCUGGGUAACAAGCGGAAAGCCGUCGCAGUCGAAGGGGAGGAAGAUGAAGAACAUGCCCCGAAACGAUUAGCAGGCCCAACGCCCAUCAUGGCCAAUGGCAUUGACGGGGUAGAGCCUGCUACGUUGCAAACACCACACCACGGCGUCGUACCAACACCCGAGUUCCUGCGGCCUGCGGUGAUGAGUCCCGCUCUCUCAGUUUCCCAGACCAACCUGGAGGAAGCUGCCAAGGUCCCCGAGAAUAUAAUAUUCGAGGCCAAGAAUCCGGCGCAGGCAAGAGACCCCUCGCACGUCACUGCCUCCAAGAGAGGCGCCGUAUUGUGGCAGGACUUCCUGGCACGAGCAGUUCUGCUUGUGACUGGGACCAAGCACUUCUGGUCGGUAGCCUGCGAGGACGGAAGCGUGUACGCAUGGACACCAGCGGGUCGCCGCCUGAUCAAUGCCAUGAUCCUGGAGUCACAGCCUGUCGUUCUUGAGAGUCGAAACCACUGGCUUCUAUGCAUCACAGCCUGCGGAUUGGCGUAUGUCUGGAACAUCAAGAACAUGAGUUCCCCGCACCCACCCGUGUCGCUGGGUCCCGUUCUCGAACUCGCCAUCCACUCUCUACACCAACACGCUGCGACACCCGGGCCGGGGAUCACAUCCGCACACCUCAAUUCAACAGGUCAUAUUGUCGUGACAUUGACCAACGGCGAUGGUUUCUACUACGCUCGCGAGAUGUACACGUGGCAACGCCUUUCAGAGUCCUGGUUCGCGGUGGGCUCUCAAUACUGGAACAGUAACGACAGCUCCGUCAGUGCCCUGCAGUCCACGGCCGUCGGGCCCGUGUCUAAGCCAAAAGAAAAGACGGACGAGGGCGUCAACGUGUCGUCGGGAAUAAUACCCUUCCUGGAGCGGCACACGACUACAGAGUUCCUACUCAAGGGCCGCGCGUACACGCUACAGCGACUCAUCAAGACCUUGCUGUCGAAGGAGGGCUUCGAGGGCUUCGAGAGCAGCGUCAGCAUCGCGCAUCUCGAGAACCGCAUCGCGGGUGCCCUGCAGCUUGGCGCGAGAGAGGAGUUCAGGCUGUAUCUGUUCAUGUACGCUAAGCGCAUCGGGGCCGAGGCGCUCAGGGGCAAGGUGGAGGAGCUGCUGAACGGGCUGAUGGGCGGGAUCCUGAAGGACGAGGAGGAUAAGGAGGAAGGCUUCGGCUGGUUUGCCAAAGGGGGACGAAAUCUGCGGAUGGGAUCGCAAGGAGCUGCUGAAGGGGGCAAGUUCAGGGAGUUACAGCGGCUCACCGUGCAGUACGCGCGUGUGCUCGAACUCACCGUUGACCAAGACGGGGAUGACGACGCCAUGGCUGUGGAGACUACAUGA